AUGGUGCAAGGAGUGAAUUUACUAAAAACUAUCUUCCCCAUCCUUGCCAUGACGCUCCAAAUGUCUAACAGAGGAACGGAUUUAUUAAUGAAAAAAUUCGAUAAGGUGUAUGAUUAUAUAAUUGUUGGUGCGGGUUCGGCAGGAUGUGUUCUAGCUAAUCGUUUAUCUGAAGAUCCUACAGCUACAGUUUUACUAGUAGAAGCAGGAGGUCUUCCAGAUCUUCAGUCAGAAGUACCACUUAUGGCAUCCCAUUUACAAAAGGAAAAGAAUGAUUGGCAGUAUAAAAUAGAACCUCAAUCGCUUUCUUGUUUUGGAAUAAAGGACAGAAGAAUGCCUUGGCCAAGAGGAAAAGUAUUGGGGGGUAGUAGUGUAUUGAAUUAUAUGUUGUACGUACGAGGCAACAAAAGAGAUUUCAACAAUUGGGCCCACAAGAAAGGAUUGGUCGAUUGGAGCUGGGAAAAUGUCUAUCCUUAUUUCUUAAAAUCUGAAGGAAAUAAAGAUCCUAGAUUUUUAGCUAAUGGUUUUCAUAAUAGCGAGGGAGAACUCACUAUUGAAUCUCCUAAAUAUCAGACCACACUAGCUUACGACUUCGUAGAAGCAGGAAAGUAUUUAGGAUACCACAAUGUCGAUCAUAAUGGACCUAUUAUGUCAGGCUUUUCAAUUCCUCAAGGAACAAUUCGACGAGGUGCUAGAUGCAGUACAGGAAAAGCAUUUUUGUUACCAAUCAUCAAACGUCCCAAUGUUAAAAUCCUCCAUUCGGCAUUUGUCACCAAAAUUCUCUUCGAUGAAUUUAAACACGCUCGAGGGAUUCACUUUGACUAUUUUAAUCGCAGUCACAUUGUUUUGGCUAGAAGAGAAAUUAUCGUCUCUGCAGGCACCAUCAACUCUCCUCAAUUGUUGCUUCUAUCAGGAAUUGGUCCAAAGGAACAAUUAUCAAAAUUUGGCAUUCCAGUAAUCUCCAAUUUGCCUGUAGGAUAUAACCUACAGGAUCACGUGGGUGGAACGGGAAUACAUUUUACAAUUAAUGAACCUCUCACUGUCAGAGCUUCCAGAACUUUAACAUUGCCUAAUAUAAAGAGAUUUUUACUAGAAGGAAGUGGUCCUCUAACCAUUUUGGGAUCUGUGGAAGGUUUAGCUUUUGUUCACACAUCUUACGUCAACAAGACUGAUGAUUAUCCGGACAUAGAAAUUCAUUUUACUAGUAGUGGACCCAUUUCAGAUGAGGAACAUGGAACUAUUAGAAAAAUAACGGAUGUAACUGAUGAGGUGUGGGAUAAGGUAUAUAAACCCUAUGAAGGAUCCGAGAUGAUAACUAUGUUGCCUAUUCUGUUACGUCCUAAGAGUCGUGGGUAUGUAGCUCUUCGAUCUAAGAAUCCCUACGAGCAUCCUGUUAUAGAUCCUUUGUAUUUUCAUGAUCCUGUAGACUUGUAUCGAUUGGUAGAAGUUAAAAUUAAUACCACAAGCAUAAAAGUAGCGUUUAAAGAGGAAACUGAAAAGGCAGAAGAUUGGAUUGAAUUGGAGAGUAAGGAAUCUGUCAAGGAGGUAUUCCAUUGA